UUGGGCGUGGGUCCCAGAGCACGGAGGACUGGUGGGGCGGGGACUGGGACGGGGGGGGGGUGAGAUUGGCGAGCUGCGCGCGUGCGCACGAGCUACCACGCGGGAACUCCAUCCGUCUGGCCUGGACCCUCAGAAUGGAAGAGAUCGGAUGCCCGGAGGCAGGGCUGGCGGGGCCAGAGGUAGCCACGGCUACUGAACCCGCGGUGCCCUCCCUGGUGGAUCGAUACUUCACUCGCUGGUAUAAAGCCGAUGUUAAAGGAAAACCCUGUGAGGACCACUGUAUACUACAGCACUCCAACCGAAUAUGUGUCAUCACACUGGCAGGAUCCCAUCCCGUUCUUCAGAGUGGCAAAACUAUUCAGAGUGUUUCUUAUCAGAUCAGUACCAACUGCAGCAGGCUUCAGAACAAAGUCUCUGGGAAAUUUAAGCGGGGGGCACAGUUUCUAACAGAGCUCGCCCCUCUGUGUAAGAUAUACUGCUCCGAUGGAGAAGAAUACACCAUAUCUAGCUGCGUUAGAGGUCGACUGAUGGAAGUGAACGAGAAUAUUCUUCACCAGCCAUCUCUUCUUCAAGAGAAGCCGUCCACCGAAGGCUACAUCGCAGUUGUGCUCCCCAAAUUCGAGGAAAGUAAAAGCGUAACGGAAGGGCUGCUGACCCAGCAGCAGUAUGAGGAGGUCGUGGGGAAGCGGAACAACGCCACAGCCACUUCCUGAGCCUCAGACGGAGGGACAGCAUCGGCGUCUCGCCCUGCCCGGCCCCACCCCUCGGUGCUCCGAAGAAAGCCAGCCUAUGGGAAGCAUCGCUCACACGGCCCCAGGAGAAGCGUCCUCCUUCACCUCACCUAAGCCCCCUCCUUUGUCUGGAUGUCACAAGCCUGGGCUCCCCGUUUGUAGUCAAGCUCUCCGAUCUGCCCUACCUAGGUACCGUUGGGUUGGGACGUGCAGUUGUGGGUGUUCGUCCUGCACAUAUGUGUACGUCAGAAAACAACUUCAGAUGCUUUUUUACUUGGUGUUAGACAGUCUCGUUGGCUUGGAACUUUGCCAGACAGCUCAUGAACUUCCAGGGAGAUGCCCAUCACCUCUGCCUCCCAUCUUGCAAGGCCAGUAUUACAAGUGCACACACCAUAGCCAACUCUUAUAUGAGCCAGAAAAUCCAAACUCAGGUCUUCAUGUGUUCAAGGUUCAUGUACUCUUCAGUUGCUAUGAUAAAAUACCAUAACCAAAAGCAACUUCCACAGGAGUUUAUAUGGGUUUGUAGUUCCACAGGACUAGAUGUCCAUCCUAGCGAGAAGGCAUGGUAGCAAGAGCAGGAAGCUGAGAUCACAUUUCCACCAUACACAAAAUGCAGAGAGUAAGCCGGAAGUAGGGUGAGGUUAUUAACUGCCCCUGGUGAUGUAAUCCCCCAGCAAGACUUCUUUUCCUAAAAGUUCCACCGACUGGGGACCAGCUGUUCAAAUACAUAAGUCUGUGGGGGUUAUCUUUUAUCAUUCCCCCACAUUCUUCCCAUGAUGCCUUUACACCCAUAGCCAUGUAAUACAAAACGCAGUUAAUGCAAUAAUCAAAAGUUCCCAUAGUUGUUACUGUUCUGAAGUCCAAAGUCUCUUCUAAGACUCGGUGAAGUCUCUUGUGUCCCACUGUAAAUCAAGAGACCAGUUACACACUUCCAACACACAAUGGCACAGAAUACACAUUCCCAUUCCAAAAGGAAGGACGGUGGGCAUAGUGAGGAGAUACCGAACAAAGGAAGACAAAAGCCAGCGCGAGACACCAAACCCUGCGGCAGCAUGCCCAGUCUCUUAGGUUUGGUUCAGAGGGAUUAGUCGGCUGCCUCCAGCAUUGCGGCCUACAACACAGGUAUUUGUCUGCAGUGUUCUGCUCUGUGCAGCUCUCCUGGCACGUGUCUCACAGCUGUGGGAUUUCCAGUGUCUUGGGGCCUGCACUCUAACCCAGGUUUCACAGUCACAGCUUCACUCAGUGGCCUCCCUCUCAUGGCCUUCUUGCAGAAACUCCAUCUCUACCACAUGUUGCCUGCCCUCUGACUUUCUGAAGCCAAGAAGGAAGAAUCCAGCUUCCUUUAAUUCUUUUUGUUUUUUUGAGACAGGGUUUCUCUGUGUAGCUUUGGAGCCUGUCCUGGAUCUUGCUCUGUAG